AUGGACCCUCCAUCAACAAGCUCCGGCCCUCGAGAGCUCAAGGACGCCCGCGCGACCAGCUCAACCAGCCUCAACAGCGCUGUGUCCAACUCGUCGGCUUCCCAUAAACCUCCCUCCUUCUCCCAACGAUCUCCAUCCGUAUCCAUAUCCGCUGGCUCUGGCCAGAGCGCGGCCAAGUCCGCCCAUCGCCAGAGCUUCGCCGAGAACCUGCGCAAUGCGCCAUCUUCACCCCGCUCCCAGCGCCAUCCAUCCUUUACACAGGCAGCCCUUCAGGAGCUUCUCAAUCACCCUCCCGCCGGAAACAAGCAUGCGAAUCCGAAAUUCGCUGGUCGUGACUGGCGCGAUAUCGCGGUCGGGGAGCUUGUGUCGCCCGAGGACGUCAAGUGGGUGGAGCUCGACAACAGCAUCGAAGAAGCUACCAAGCUCCUCCUUAAGAGCACCACCAAUGUCGUUCUGGUCCGCGAGGAUGCUUCCACCCAAACCGCCACAUCCACCUUCGACUACACUGAUCUCAAUUAUUACCUGCUCGUCGUCGUCGGACUCGCCAAACCCGAGGAGGACCAGGUCGAAAUAUUUAACUCGAUUCUAUCCAAGGCCCAACAAGGUGGUGAAAUUCCCCUUCGAGACGUCAUGCCCCUGUUCCGCAAGGAAUCGCUGGUCACGCUGCCUGGCAGUGAGAACCUCGCUCAGGCCAUCCAGAUCCUCGGCAGCGGUAUUCACCGCCUGUUGGUGACAGCGCCUAACGGUGAUGUCGUGGGCAUUGCAAGUCAGCUACGGAUCGUCGAGUUUUUCUGGAAUGAGGGCGUUAACUUUGCCUCGAUUGACCGGCUCUACCCUGUUAUGCUCCGGGAUCUAGGCAUUGGUACAAAGGAGAUUGUCUCUGUCAACUCUGACUCGCCCUUAUCCGACGCCCUCACUCUUAUGAACAAUGAAGGUCUCACCAGUGUCGCCGUGGUUGAUAACGGUCUGAACGUGGUGGGCAAUAUCUCGACCAAGGAUGUUCGACACUUGACCAAGAGCUCCAAUGCUCACCUGCUCAACUCGUCAUGCAUGAACUUUAUCUCGGUGAUUCUGAACGAGCGAGGCGUCGAACACGGCCGGGACGUGUUCCCCGUAUUUUAUGUCAACCCCUACUCGACUCUAGCUCACACCGUCGCCAAACUUGUCGCUACCCGAUCGCAUCGAAUGUGGGUGGUAGAGUCAGCAUCUCCUUCGCCCUCAGCUCCUGCGACGCCCUUGAUGGGACCUCAGGGAUUCACCAGCACAGCUGCACCACCGCCGCCCGCUGCGCAGCCCGCACCCAGCGCGCCUGCGAAUCCCACGCCUCCGUCGCCCAUUGUCGCCGCAGCAAUACCAGCAUCCCCGGUCCCCACGUCUGCAGUGCCCGCCUCUGCCAUGGCGGGCGCACGGCUUUCGGGCAGGUUGAGUGGCGUCAUCUCGCUGACAGAUGUGCUUAACAUGUUUGCGAGGUCGACGGGUCUCAACCCUGCAGACCCUGGCGAGCAGCGAGCACGACGGAGACGAAGCUCCAGCAGUUCGGUGCGACCCAGUUUCGAAUCGUCGCGUGCGAGCAUCGACCUACGGAGGUGA